AUGAUUGGGGUGGGAGUGGUUGCACGGGAUGCAGCUGGUCGAGUAAUUGCUUCUAUGUGUUCAACUCAAAGGUAUAUUAUGGACUCAUCUAUUGUAGAGGCUUACGGUACGCGCCAAGCAGUGCAAUUUGGGCUCUUUCUGGGUAUUCAAUCAAUUCUUUUGGAGGGCGAUGCUUUAGAAAUCACUAACUCUAUGAACAAUACCGAAGACAACGUUGGUAAGUUUGGCAAUUUUAUUGCGGAUGCUCGGGCUACUCUUCGGGAGUUUGGGUCUUGGGUUGUUUCUCAUGUAAAACGGGAAGGUAAUCGGGUUGCACACAAUCUUGCAAAAUUUGCUAUUUCUUCCGAGCAAAACAAAGUGUGGUUUGACUCUUACCCGACAUGUCUGUCGGGACUUGUAAAUUCUGAGCUUAUUUUGCCAGUUAUUUAA